UAUCAUCUCGCAUGAAAGCACGUGAUUUCACCACAGCUUGAGAUAGACCACACCCGACAUGCCAGACGUAGGAGUAUUUACGUUUUCACAAUAAUCAAUCUAUCGUGCACGCUGUAACUUUUUGGAAUAAAACAUUAGAUAUUAGUCAGUUCUGAACGUGGUGAUAUACGAGAGGUUGAUAUUUUGAAAAUUGGAUCGUGGAAAGUUUCUGACAUUAAUUUGGAGGAGGACUUUGAGCGGCGAUAUGGAAUCUGAACAGCCGCAGCCAAUGCAGCAAGGCCCUCCUGGGGCACAGUUUAGUCAAUCUCCACCGCAAUAUGAACAACAGACACAAUACGGACAGCCUGCAGGAGGCAUGCAAUAUGGACAGUCGCCACAGUUUGGACAGCAAGUAUGGAUGCAUCACGGGCCGCCCCCGCAAAACUUCGGAGAGCAAGUUCAUUACGCUCAGCCAGGCCAGGUCUCAUACGUCCAGCCCGGCCUAGUUCCCUACGCCCAGCCAGGCCAGAUUCAGACUGCCCAUCCAGGCCAGGUUCCAUACGUCCAGCCCGGCCAAGUUCCCUACGCCCAGCCAGGCCCGUCAGGGGUAGUCAUAGUGAAUCAACCAGUGGUUCAGCAUAACUACAGUGUUCCUCGGGGGAGGUAUCCUGGAGUUCUUAUGCUCCUUGCUGCCCUGAUGAAUCUCAUCGGAUUGAUUGUGAUGAAAGCGUUCUACGGGGGAUUCGAAUUAUUGAACACAAUCGGAAUGGGUGUUGGAGUAAUCUGGUAUUUCAUAGUUGGUGUACUGGCCGUUGUCGGUGCUGCUACUGAGAAACGGAAUACAAUGAGUGUUGCUGUCAGUGUCAUAGUCACUGGGACCCUCAGCCUCUCUGCACCACUAUACCAGAUCACAAUAGGAGGUAUUGGCCUUUGGGGAAUCCAGACCAACGUAGAAUAUGGCGUACUAGCUCAUUACAUGUGGUCACGACCGUUCUCAAUCAUCCUGCUCUGUGUCGUGAUCACGGCCUGCGUGUCCUUCAUCGUGUGCAUCACGCUGAUUGUGUUAGCCAGUCAGGUGGUAUGCCAGUGUUGCCGAUCCACCGGUCAGACCUCCGUAGCGGCUCUCUACCAACCCACGCAACCCGCCGGGCAAAGUCCUUAUCUCCAGGCACCUCAGAGUCUCUACCCGGCCCUUCCACCCGACCAGAGGCCAACCAUAUUGAAGCCAGGUGCUCCCCCAGUAGAGGCGAUUCGUCCAGACGAGCCCUCAACAAUUCCGUGA